ACAUUGUCACCAUUCAAAUCGCGAGACUAGUGUUUAUUCCAUAAUUUCCAUCGCUCUGUUCCAUAUUAUUAGUAUUUUGUUAUGAACACGUAUUUUAUAUGGUAGAGUGUAGAGUAAAAGCAGGCUAAACAGAUUUCUCUUCAGUGUGGAAAGAAUUAUCUUCACUAUAUGCCUCAAAUUCUACUUUGGAAUACUUAGAUUUCUUCAUGCGUUGAACCUGUUCAUUUCAUAACCAUAAAAAUGAAAUUAUAUAAAGAAAAACUUUUGAGUGAAUUACAACUGAAACGCUUAGGGGAACACCAGUAUUCUUGCUCUAGUUGUAGUUAUUUGGACAAAUUUUUACAGCCUUAUUGGAACUGGUUGGUCUCUAAAGUUCCCUUAUGGCUUGCACCCAAUCUUAUUACUAUAGUUGGACUAAUUUUAAAUAUUGUAACAGCACUCAUUCUUGUUUGGUAUUCACCUAAUGCCAAAGAUGGUGCACCUCGCUGGGCUUGUGCUCUAUGUGGAAUUGGUUUAUUUGCAUAUCAGAGCCUUGAUGCGAUAGAUGGAAAGCAAGCCAGAAGGACUGGUACUGCAAAUCCAUUAGGUGAACUCUUUGAUCAUGGAUGUGAUUCAAUUUCUACAGUUUUUGUUGCUCUGUCAGCUUGCAUAGCUGUUCAGUUGGGAAAUCACCCUGGAUGGAUGUUCUUUCAGUGUUUCUGUGCCAUCACCCUUUUUUAUUGUGCACAUUGGCAGACCUAUGUAUCAGGAACCUUAAGAUUUGGAAGAGUGGAUGUGACGGAAGCACAAGUGACAAUAAUGUUGAUAUUAGCUAUUUCAGCUAUAUUUGGGCCAGACAUUUGGUCUACCAAGGUUGCUGGCUUUAGUUUUAGAUGGUGUCAUGUAAUAUGUUGCGUCUUCUAUCUAGGAUACAUUCAAGUAUUCUUUGCGUUCGUUCGGAAUGUAGCCAAAGGAGGAUGCGGAAAAAACGGUUCUACCAUAGCAAUACCUGGGACAGUAAUGGAAAUGAAGACAUUUUUGAUGAUAACUGCAUGUGGCAUUGCAGCGUUUGUGGCCCAAGCUAACAUAUCGGUUAUUUUCACUGGAGGCAUUGGCAAAAAUGGAUCCUCUGUUGCAGGAACCAGCGUUUUGUCACCAAUUAUUCCAUUCUCGAUGAUACUAGUACCAGCCUUCAUUAUAUACCAAAAAUCCACAGAACAUGUUUAUGAAAACCAUCCAGCCUUGUACAUUCUUGCGUUUGGACUAGUAGCAGCCAAAGUCACCAAUCGUUUAGUAGUUGCUCACAUGACAAAGAGUGAAAUGGAUUAUACAGAUUUAUCGUUGAUAGGUCCAACUAUGCUAUUUUUAAACCAGUAUUUCAGUACCUUCAUCACUGAAUAUUAUGUUCUGUGGUUAUGCCUGGUCUGGGUGACCCUUGAUUUGUUGCGAUACUGUUAUCAAAUUUGCACUGAAAUAUGUGAUUAUCUACAUGUUGAACUAUUUCGAAUUCCUCAUACAGGUAACACGAAUACAAAAAGAAUAUCCUCUACUUCUACGUCUGGAAAUACCGAGAAAAAUGGUACGAAUAUUAGAAAUAAUAAACCACCUCGUAGUAAGAAAAAAUGAGUCCCACGUCAUUAGCUUCUGUACUUCUGUAAUAUAAUUCUGUUUUUUAUCUGAAUAUAUAUAAGGCAAGGUGUUGAUUAUUAAUUUUUGUGUAGAAUAUAAGUCUGGUUGUUUGUAUAAUUUUUAGGGUUUGGAGGAUAUUUUCUUCAGCAGCACAAAAUAUAACGGCUUCUAAAUUUGAA